UUAAACUCUAAAACCCUUGUUACGGCAGAACUUACGAGUUCUCAACGCAUCAAGAAGGCAACGUUCUUGGGAAUUCUUUGACUAAACAAGGACCUUGUGUUAUCGUAGCUACUGCUACACCAAGAUGAGACAACGCCGUCUUGAGAAUAAUAAGAGGAAGAAAGACUCAGCUUCUGAGGAAUUUGCGAAGGAUCUUACAUAUGGUUAUGUCAAGAUUGGGGACGAAGAUGAUGAGGAAUACGGGAAAAACAGAAAGAAAAAGAGAGUUUCUAAAGCGAAAGAGCUUGAAAUGGCGAUUGAGUUAGAGGGUUUAAAGAAAGAUCCAGAGAAAGGGGAUGUUGUUGCAAAGAAGCACUCGUGGCAAGCGGCUAUAAGGAGAGCUGUUGGUAUCAAAGUUCGCGAUGAUCCAAAGCGGUUGAAGCAGAGAAUCCAAAAGGAAAAGAAGAGGCGCGAGAAGAGCGCGGAGAAGUGGAAAGAAAGAGUUGAAGUGCAACAGAAGGUUAGGGUGGAGAAACAACAAAAGAGAUCAGAGAAUAUUACUGCGAGGAUUCAACAGAACAAGAUGAGGAAGAUUGCCAAAAGAGAGAAAAAACUCUUACGUCCUGGCUAUUAA